CCAAAUCCUCUCAGUAAACACACCCCCCACCCUCUCCCAAAAAAGAGAAGAAGAGCUGUAUAGGUGGGGAGGCUUUUUGCCAGGGGGAUGGAUGGAUGGCUUCUCUUCUCAUUUCCCUUUCUCUUUCUUUUACUAUAGCGGUACGGCCUCUCUGAUUUCCCCUCUCUAAGGCUCUUCGAUUUCCUCAUUUUUCUUCCUCUUUAUGCUCUGCCUCUCACUUGCUAUUCCCAUUUUUUUUUUUGUACUGAUUUGUUAGGUUUACGAUGCUUUGUUUGAGUUGUUAGUUCUAGUUUUCACUAUUUGUUAGAUUUGCUGAUGGGUUUUCGAUUUAACCCUUUCGAAGCUUGAACGUGAAGUGAAACAAAUUUGAUUGUGUGUUUGAGUGAGUUGUGUGUGUCUGUGUUAUGAUGUUAAUGAUUCUUUUGACCUUAGAAAAAGAGAUCAUAUAAAGCACAAUGGAACCGUGUCUCUACCAUAAAGAGUGUUUUUUCUUGUGACGGUCAAUGAGAGGAAACUUUUGAGGGGUUUCAUAUUCUCUCUUUUUUAUCCCUUAUUCACACAUCUUAUGUGCAAACUAAGAUGUAAUGCUGCUUGAAGGGUGCUUUGCGGUUCGGUGACUUAGGGGUUUGGAGGCCGUUUUGUAUUUUUAGUUUCUUUUUCUUUCAAAAAGGAUCCUCGGAGAUGCCUAUGUUUCUGCCCUCAAAGAGGGAUGCAGUUGUUGGGUAUGAAGGCGGUGGAGAUGGGCAUGUUCUAGAUUUGGACACUGCUGUCAAAGAUGGGAUUUUGGGUGGUGUUGACGCUGGGUUUGUGGGAGCUGCUGUAGGAGAGAAAUUGGAUCUGAAGAAGAUGAUUGAAGAGCUCAACUUAUCUGAGGUUCCCUCGGUGUUUAUUUGCCCAAUAUCGCUCGAACCAAUGCAAGACCCUGUGACCCUUUGCACCGGCCAAACCUAUGAGAGGUCCAACAUUCUCAAAUGGCUCGGUCUGGGGCACUUCACCUGCCCCACUACGAUGCAAGAGCUCUGGGAUGAUUCGGUCACGCCGAAUAAGACCCUUUACCAUCUAAUUCAUACUUGGUUUACCCAGAAGUAUUUGCUCAUGAGGAAGAGAUCAGAAGAUGUACAAGGAAGGGCGUCAGAGCUUUUCGAGACACUAAAGAAGGUGAAGGGUCAAGCUAGAGUUCAAGCCCUCAAGGAGCUCCAACAAGUUGUGGCAACUCAUGCCACUGCCAGGAAGAGAGUGAUUGAUGAAGGCGGUGUUGCUAUUCUUUCAUCAUUGCUGGGUCCAUUUACAUCCCAUGUUGUUGGUUCUGAAGCCAUUGGGAUUCUUGUGAAUUUGAGCCUGGAUUCAGAGUCGAAAACAAACUUGAUGCAACCUGCAAAGAUUUCAUUAAUAGUGGAUAUCUUGAACGAGGGUUGCAUUAAUACGAAAAUCAAUUGUGCGCGAUUGAUUGAAAUGUUGAUGGAAGAGAAGGAUUUCAGGUCAGAGAUUGUUUCAAGUCAUAGCCUCCUGGUUGGUUUGAUGAGGCUGGUGAAGGACAAGAGACAUCCAAAUGGAGUCUUGCCCGGACUUAGCCUCCUUAGAACAAUAUGCUUGCAUAAGGAAGUAAGGGGGUUGAUUGUCAGCAUAGGGGUUGUUCCUCAAUUGGUUGAAUUGUUGCCUACUCUGGAUUUUGAUUCCUUGGAAUUAGCCCUUUUCGUCUUGGACUCAUUGUCUACUCUACAGGAGGGAAGAGUAGCCUUGAAGGAGUGUUCAAACACCAUUCCAAAUAUGGUGAGGCUUAUAAUGAGGAUUUCAGAAACCUGUACUCAAUAUGCACUGUCAAUCUUAUGGUUUGUCUGCAGUCUAGCCCCUGAUGAAUGCUCCUCAAUUGCUGUGGAUGCGGGGUUGGCGGCAAAACUCCUCCUUGUGAUUCAGAGUGGUUGCAAUCCUGUCUUAAAGCAGCGGUCUGCAGAGCUUUUGAAGCUGUGCAGUUUAAAUUAUUCGGAUACAAUCUUUAUCUCCAAGUGCAAGCUUACAAGAACUAUCCAAUGAGUAGAAAUUUUUACACCAGCAUUUUAAUCUUUGAGGCAAGGGAGGUAUAAAGGGGUUGCCACAUCCAAGUCCAGGAAUCUCGUAUUAACCCCAGCAGAUGUGGUGGGGGUUUCAGGUGCACUCGAUUGCUCUCCUGUAUAUAUUGAGGUGCUUCAUUUCCGACAAUUGAUUCAUCAUAGAAAUGAAGGAGGAACAAAAUGUAGGUAACAACCCACCUUGGUGUAAAGAGUCAAAUAAACCCCGUCAAGAAGAUUUUUAUAUAACAUUGCAAUAUUUGCUUUGGGGGUGC